GGCUUGCAUAUUCAUAUAGAAUUAUUUCAUUUAAACUUCUCAGGACAUCUUGUUAAAUGGGGAAGUGAUCACCCUGUAGACUAUGACAACAGGAUAUGUGAAUGAAGGAAGUCUUGGAAAAUACCGCUGUUCCAGGUGGCAUCACGAGGACAGCAGAGACGAUGAUGGGCGCCCAGAGUGCCACGAAGGAGAUGAAGAGGGCAAACAGCACAGGCUGACCCCAUUUGAGAAACUGAUGCAGGAUAUGUCUCAUAAUGAAAAGGUGGUGAAAGAAUUAACACUGGGAAAGAGAAUUGCCUUCUAUCGAGUCAGAGGAGAAAUAGGAAGUGGGAAUUUCUCACAAGUGAAGCUUGGAAUUCAUUCCCUAACCAAAGAGAAAGUUGCAAUUAAGAUUUUGGACAAGACAAAGCUAGACCGGAAGACUCAACGUUUGCUGUCUCGUGAGAUAUCCAGCAUGGAAAAGCUGCACCACCCAAAUAUCAUCAGGCUGUAUGAAGUGGUGGAGACACUCUCAAAACUGCACCUGGUGAUGGAGUAUGCAGGAGGUGGGGAGCUCUUCACUAAAAUCAGUACAGAAGGAAAGCUGCUAGAAACAGAGUGUAAAAUAAUCUUCUCCCAGAUUGUGUCUGCCGUGAAGCACAUGCAUGACAACAAUAUCAUUCACCGAGACCUGAAAGCAGAAAAUGUCUUCUAUGCCAGUAACACCUGUGUUAAGGUGGGAGAUUUUGGAUUCAGCACAAUAAGUAAAAGAGAUGAAACUUUAAAAACUUUCUGUGGCUCUCCUCCUUAUGCUGCUCCUGAACUCUUCCGAGAUGAAAACUAUAUUGGCAUCUAUGUAGACAUCUGGGCAUUGGGAAUCCUCUUAUACUUCAUGAUGACAGGCAGCAUGCCAUUCCGGGCAGAUACAGUAGGCAAACUGAAAAAGUGCAUUCUUGAAGGGACAUACACUUUGCCUCCCUGCCUCUCAGAAAACUGCCAGAAACUGAUAAAAGGAGUCCUUCAGCCAGUACCAACCAAGAGAUACUCUGUCAAACUGAUUAUGAACAGUGAAUGGAUGCAAGGAAUACAGUUCCCCAAACCUUUACAGACAUUUAAACUGGAUCCAAAAUAUUUAUCAGACAUCAGUACACUAAAAGAAGAAGAAAUUGAAGUGAAAAAUAUUCUGGAAGACCUCGGAAUCACAGAAGAGCACAUUCAGAACAACCGGGGAAGAGACGCGCGCAGCUCCAUAACGGGAGUCUACAGAAUCGUGUUGCACAGAGUACAGAAGAAAAGGGCACUUGAAUCUGUUCCUAUCAUGUCCCAGCCAGAUCCAAAAGAAGACAACUCAAGGAACGGAAUCACUCCUUACAGUGGCUUUAAGCACACAUCCAAGCUGUGUUCUAUUUUAUAAAAUUGCACUGCAGGCUUUAUGCUCAGCACAUUUGACAAAGGGGAUUAUUCACUUAUCCUUAAGCUUUAGUGUUCUUUUGUAAUUUUUGAAUAAACUAAAAAUGCCUCAUUUUCUUUGCAUUUGUCAAUUAACAGUGAAGCACUCAAAAACAGAGCUCUUGUGCAUUUGUUUGACUCUUUCUCCAUAUACUUGGUAUAGCCAGUGCAAGAACCCAGUGACUGAAAAGAUCAUGAGUGGAGGGGAUCUUUUAAUAAACACCAUGCUACAGCACUUAACCCACUUGGGAGAUUCUCUGCACAGGCACCUAACUGCUAACUUCUGAAAGCUGUACCUAAGCUCAAUACAACUUCACCACUGCAAACUGGGACAGUUGCAGAAACUAAAUUUAAGCAGAGACCAGACUAAUCUAAUCAAUUGCAAAUUCUUUUGAACUUCCUCAUCAAAUUUAACAAGUUAAUUUUUAAAAAGCAUUUUAUUUCCUUUCAAGAAAUAUCAAAGCUGUUGUUGGCUGAGUUCCCAACUUGUCACGAUUCCAGAAGACAAAUCAGGAUUCAGUACUUUAACCCUGUCUGUGUGGGUGCCUGACUGGUUGGGCUACCAUCAGUUACCCUUCUGACACCUUCCACUGCUUGCAUGAUUCUGCCACUCUGGAACU